GGCGCGCGGAGGCGCCCCACGCAUUCACCUGGCCGCACACCUGGCGGUGGUCGCGCGGCGCCCUGGGCUACCCUGAGCGGGGAUGGCGGGGUCCCGGCGGCUGCCGCUGCUGACCAUCGCCCUUGCCCUGCUGCUGAAGUCCCUGGGGAGUGCAAAUGCCCAAGACUCUAGAGAUGCUUCUUCACCACACAUGGAAUCAGCGAACAUUUCUGCCUCCCCUGCGAAUUUUUCCCCGGACGCCAGCUUCUCAAGUCCUGGGGACGCGUCCACCCCGCAGCCCAGCCCCCCUGGGACCGAGGAAAUCGCCACAUCCCAGCUCAGCUCUACCACUGCAGAAUCCGGGGUGCCCUCUGGCACCCCGCACCCCAUGACAGUCAGCCAAUCCACCUCUGAGUCCCCCAGUUCAGAGCCCACUCCGGCGUCCGACUCCACACCCUCGCUCUCGCCCUGGGCCCCCUCUUCCUCCACCCCAGCCCAGGAUGCUUCUUCACCACACACGGAAUCAGCGAGCAUUUCUGCCACCCCUGCGACUUUUCCCCCCGACGCCAGCUCCUCAAGUCCUGGGGACGCGUCCACCCCGCAGCCCAGCCCCCCUGGGACCGAGGAAAUCGCCACAUCCCAGCUCAGCUCUACCACUGCAGAAUCCGGGGUGCCCUCUGGCACCCCGCACCCCAUGACAGUCAGCCAAUCCACCUCUGAGUCCCCCAGUUCAGAGCCCACUCUGGCGUCCGACUCCACACCCUCGCUCCCGCCCUGGGCCCCCUCUUCCUCCACCCCGGCCCAGGGGGACACCCAGACACCCAUGUCACACCGGAACCCGGCCGUGGUGAUAGUCGUGUGUAUCCUGGUGUCCCUGGUGCUCAUCGGGUCCGUGCUGCUGGUUGUGAGGCACCACCACCGGGGUCCGUCUGAGUUCCUCCCACUGGACGAGGUGUCCAUGGACCGCGUGAGCCAACAAUGAUCCAAGUGACCGCGACUGGGCAGGGAGACAAACGGGGCUUCUCGGCUGGGCGCCCGAAAGGGCUCGGCCAAGGCCCGUAGUAGCCACUGGGCCAGGCUCCUGGGGUCCUGGCUCCUCUGCUCAGGAGGCUGAGGCAAGAGGAUUGUGUGAGCCUAGGAGUUCAAGACCAGCCUGAUCAACACAGCAAGAUGGGGUAUCCAACAAUAAGAGACAGAACAAACAAAUAAAAUCCCGAAAGUUCA